UGCCAUGUCAUCAUUGUAAACAUUGGGUCUUUCCAUGUGUUAGAGGAAAGCUAACACAGAGUAGCCAUAACGCUAGAAGAUUGGCAGUUCUGUACUUUCAGCGUAAAAUUUGGUGCUUGUGGUUCGGUUCUCUACCAGUAACAAUGCCGAGUAACGUUGAGAUCAAGGCUAAGGUGGACGAUGUAGAGGCCUUAAAACGUCUGGUCGAGGAGCGAAGCGGACAAAAGCCUACUGUCAUUCUUCAGCGUGAUACAUUUUUUCAGGUGGCGUCGGGUAGACUUAAACUUCGCUUUUUACAGGACUCUCCAUCCCAACUUAUCUUCUACAAACGAAAUGACAGUUCAGGGCCAAAGCACAGUGAAUACCAUGUGAGUGAGACUCUGGAUCCCGAGUCGCUACAGAAUGUCCUGGGCGAAGCUAUAGGGAUAAGGGGUGAGGUGAGGAAGACGCGACUGCUGUACAUGGUUGGGCAGACACGGGUGCACGUGGACUCGGUGGAAGGACUGGGCGAUUUCAUGGAACUCGAGGUUCAGAUGAGGGACGAUCAGACGUUAGAAGAAGGACAAACUAUCGCCGAAGCUUUAAUGGUCGACUUUGGUAUUGCUAAUGAAAACCUUAUUUCCUGCGCAUACAUGGACUUACUCGAAAACAAGUCUUGCUGACUCACAUCUGUUUAUGCGAAGCUAGACGUUUUCAUAUUUGUCUGCUUCCUGAAGUUUUCCACGUGUAACAGACUUACCAUGAACGAUCAGUUGUGGAGAACAGAUAGACGAGAUGUUUUCAAGUAACUGUUAUCCCGCGAGUUUGGCUCUAAAACAAAAAUAACUGGUAAAUAUAGAUAAUUGCUACAAAUUCUUUAAACCUUUAUUAUUGUUCAUAAGAAAGCAGGAGAAAAGACUCCAGAGAAAAGAUUUUGAAGAUUUGGAUACUUCCACUUCAUUGAAGUGCAUGUAUAGUUAAACUGACACAUACAAUGGUCAUCCCACGAAAAAAUACCCAUCUCAGAUGGUUUUAGAGCGAUGAUAACUUUCUUGAAAAUGUUGUCAAAACAUUUUGUAACUCGGUAAUCAGUUUAUCCAAGUUUACAUGUGGUAUAAAAUAAUAUGUUUGUAUAAUAAUAAUAUGUUUGUUUGGAAACGUAUAUUAUUAAAGUAUAUUACGUUUGUUCAGUAUUACUACAGAUAUGAAGCCUGUUAAUCCUGACAUCAGGCCAAUAUUAGUCUACUUGGAAGCCUCUUAGUACGGACAUUUGAUUUGCCUGAAACAUUAAAAACUGUUCAUAAAAAUAUCACAUCA